AAUGAUCAGACCUAUAGUCAGACAACCAGUUUUUGAUGUGCUCUGUAAUAAAUUUGGAGGUUCACCCCGGUCAGAAAUGAUCAGGUAGCAGUAACCACACACCUUAUACAUCUCAUCUGUAGCCUAAGAGGACAGCUGCGCUGCUUAAGAAUAAGGAGUGUGGAUGGGCAGACUCAUAACCCCCCUGUUCUCAUGUGCUGAGAAGCCGGAUGGGAUAACGUGUUCACAGCCAAUGCAGAAAGCUCAAAGCACCUUUGCUGGGCAACAUAAAUGUAUCCUGCCUCCCUGGCUUGAGCUGCCCCACCCUCUACUUGAUGGUCUUGGGUUGCUCCCAGUGGAUGAAGCAGACUCAUCCUGAUGGGGUACAUGACAAUCAGAUACGGAUCAGUCUCGAGCUGCCCAUGGCAUCUGGGACACCGAUGUAUGAUAUCGCCUGCUGCCUUCCCAACACAAGACAUAACGUGAGCCCCUAAGUGUAGAGGUGUACUGCCACCCUAAGCUAGGAGGUGAUGUCACUGAAAAAGCUGCUCAUCCCAUCCUAACUAUGCUAUUCAGAAGCAUGUCUAUGGCAUUCGUGUGUGGUAGCAUGAAUGCACUGUUCAACAUUCACAAUAUAUCAAACUCCUUCUCAAAUUAGUUGGACACCUUCAGAAGGUGCUUGAUGCCUUCUGCGCCUGACAUCAUUACAGCAUUGCUGUUUGGGGAAGAGGGCGUGUUUAAACAAUGGUGCCUCGCGACAUGUUCUGUAGGCUGGUGUGAGUGACAUCUCUAACACCUACGUCAGUGAAAGCAGGGCUGCUGGGGAGACGGAAAGAGCACCAAGGGCGAUUAUACAUUUAGUACAUUUUUUAAAAAGCAUUUCGUUCCACCUCCAAGGCAAUUUGCUGGGAUUAUAGCGUAUCUUUUCACAGUACAGCAGAGUGAAUUAUUUGCUGUGAAAAUGAACAUGAAAUAAUGUAGCCAUCCUUUUCUGCUUGCUGAAUGUUCAUCUAUAAUCAGAGGAUGUACAGAAAGAUAUAUAGAUUACAUCUACAUCAAAAACAUGGGACAAAUUCCAGCCUAUCGCUUAUUACGUUUUGGAUAAAUAACAGCUAUUAGAUUGAGACUGUACCCACGGAUGCUCAGGGAUGUGUCUGUCAUGGACCUGUCAACCGCUGUCUUAGGGCAGAAAAUCAGCAUGCCAAUAUGUGUUGGAGCAACUGCCAUGCAGAGCAUGGCUCACGUGGACGGAGAAGCAGCUACCGCCAGAGCUUGCAGGUCACUGGGGACAGGGAUGAUGCUCAGCUCCUGGGCCACCUCCACCAUCGAAGAAGUUGCCCAGGCGGCUCCUGAUGGCCUUCACUGGCUGCAGCUUUAUAUCUACAAGGACCGGGAGGUCACCAGGUCGCUCGUGCAGCGUGCUGAGAGAGCAGGCUACAAAGGAAUCUUUGUGACGGUGGACACGCCGCUCCUUGGCAAGCGCUUUGACGACAUACGCAACAAAUUCCAGCUCCCCCCGCACCUCAGAAUGAAAAAUUUCGACACCAACGAUUUGGCAUUUUCCUCCGAGAAAGGCUACGGUGAAAAUAGCGGACUGGCUGUUUACGUAGCCCAAGCAAUCGAUCCGUCCAUCAAGUGGGAGGAUAUUACAUGGCUCAGAGGACUGACAUCUCUGCCGAUAGUCACUAAAGGAAUUCUCCGAGCUGAUGAUGCUAGAGAAGCUGUGAAGCACGGUGUAAAUGGGAUCCUGGUGUCAAACCAUGGUGCGCGCCAACUGGAUGGUGUGCCAGCAACUAUUGAUGUCUUGCCGGAAAUUGUUGAGGCUGUGGAAGGGAAGGCAGAGGUGUUCCUGGAUGGUGGAGUGAGAAAAGGCACAGAUGUUCUCAAGGCAUUGGCUCUUGGUGCCAAGGCAGUGUUCAUUGGAAGACCUAUCAUCUGGGGGUUGGUUUAUCAGGGUGAAGAAGGAGCAAAAGAAGUUCUCCAGAUGCUGAAGGAAGAAUUCCAGCUAGCAAUGGCACUUUCUGGAUGCCAGAGCGUGAAAGGGAUUGACACGACAUUGGUACGAAGAACUUCAUCUGCAGUUUCCAAGAUUUAGCACAAAAAAAGUGUGGCUCUGGGUAAAGCCACCCUAUUCACUGUGGCCAGAUUGUUCUGUUUGGGCCUCAUCAUGAAACCCUUACUUAGGAGAGUAGCCCUAUUGGUUUAUAGAGGGCUACUUCUGAAAGGUGUACAUGGACCAGGUUUUCCUAAGUGCUCAGCACCCCGUACUAGCUCCUUAAAAGGAGCUGAGCACUUUUGAGAAUCUGGCCCCUGGUGCGAAUAAGGAUGGAAAGAGUGGGCCCUAAUUCUCUCCUGGUGCACACAAUUGUAGUUGUUGUCCAGCUAAGCAGAAACUGCUGACUUUUCAAUAUGUGUACAGAUGCGAAGAACUUUUCUCAGAUGUUAACAUGCAUGUCUGGAAGUAGCUUAGAUGUUAAAAUGAAACUAUAAACAGAAAUGUUUUGAUAGCAAACAACUACCAAAAUAUCAAAGUUUAAAGGAUACCUCUUGUUCGCUGUUUAUAGAAACUACACUUCAGAUUGUCCGGAUUAAAUAUUCUUUUCGUAUCAACAUGGCAUCGUUUCCCCUAGCAACUACAUUACUGUGUGUAAACAGCGUAGGCUGGGAGCUGGGUAAGUAUCUUGGAGGCUUUUGAGAUGCAAGGGAUUGUACAGCCAAUCCAGAGUUUGGAGGUUUACAGUCUUAACUGACAUGAAUCUCUUUGCACUUAAAUUAUAAUAACAUAUGAAUACUGACCAUAAGCCAGAUCCUCAGCUGGUAUAAAUCCAUGUAGCCCUAGUGACUUGAACAGAACUGUGCUGACUGACACCAGCUGGAGCUCUGCUAUAUUUUUACUUUAAAAAAAUUAACAUUGGUUUAGAUGAUUUCUUGGACAAAUUCAACUUCCCUGAAGUAUAAAUACUAAAUAAUAAUAAUGAUGCAGUAAGUGCUGAGUAUGACACCUUAUAUUGUCAGCCACACAUCUUAAAGCAUUUCACACAAGGAAGGUCUCUAUCCAUUAUUCUCCAGAUAGGGAAACUGAGGUGCAGAAAGAUUAUAGGUAAACUGCUAAGAAAGUAAGUAAAAUUGAGUGUGUCCUCUUAUUUCCAUUGAUGAUGUAUAAAGAAGGCCUGGAUGUGCGUUUCUGUUUUUUUGGAUUGAUAAUUAAUUCAGGAAUAUUAGUGCUGACAAGUAUUCAUUUUGGUGGAGGUCCUCAAAAUGGUGUACUGGGAAUUUUUACACCUCAGAGAAAGUAGUAGGAGAGUGCUUAGAUAAUAUGCCAACUCUCCAGCCUAGCAGCCAUAUAUUGGCUGAUAUUUCACAUAGGCAUAUAAGUGGUACUCUGCAGCCAUUGGGCCAAAUCACGUUCCAUUUACCCAAGUCCCAUUAAACUCAGUGUGGCUCCUUGCGCGAGUAAGGAGAGCAGGGUUUGACUCAUCAAGGACUUUAUUCAAAAUCCAUUGAAGUCAAUGGAAAGACUCCUGUUGACUUAAAUGGCCUUUGGAUUGGGCCCCCAAGAGGCUAAUUCUUCCAACCUUUGCUUACAUAAGUAGUCCUUUUUCAAAUGACUAGUCCCAUUGUUCACAUGAGGGCUGUAGCUAUUCAUGGUUUGACCUUCCAAAGCUUUACUUACGUGAGUAUUUCAAUAAAAUAAGAACUACUUGUGUACUUGAAGGGUUGAUAGCCCUUAGAUCUAACACCGUCUGAGGCAGGUCCAUAAGUAUUAUUGACGCUAUUUGGUACGACAAAACUAAGACAAGGGACUUGGUCCUGUAUGCCUUGAGCAAACUAGAAUUCUCAGUAGAAGGGAAUGGGAAUUUUGCCUUGGUACAAAAUAUAGGAAUGGGCACAGCAGUGUUAAGUGACCUCCCCAAAUCCAUAAAGGCAGUCGGGUUAAGAAUCUAGUAGUCUCCCUCAGCCUAAACCCAAGAUUGCUCUUGAUAUCUCACCUCUCAAGUGAACACAAAAUACUAGGACUAGAGUUUUCUAAAGCAAUCGCUGUUGGCCUAACUCUACUCCUUUGAAGUCAGUGGCACGGUCAGUGGGAGCGAAGGUAAAUCAGUGCAGAAUGCUUUGGAAAAGUCUGCCCUAGAAAUCUAGCAAUAAGGUUUUUUUUUAAACAGAAAGUAGGGCUCUAUCCCAUUGUUCUGCAUUUGUUGAAGUCCCGGGGCAUUUUGCCAUUGAUAUAAAUGGGUGUAGGCUCAGACCCAUAGUCAUUUAUCUCCCAUCAACCACAUAGGAGUGGUGCAUCUUCAUCCCCCCCAUCCUCCUACCCCAACUUCCCUUAUGCACUAUUUGAAAUACCUCGCAUUGAGCUUUACUCAUUGAAUCAUUUUUUGCCAAAAGUUUGAAUUUGCAAAAGGUUUUAGAAUAAAAUGAUGGAAUAUUACAGCAUGAACGUAAAUUGGGACUUGAACUCAAAGGGUGGGGGAGGGGGGAAACAAAAGGCCACACGCUACCCUUCAGUUGUAAAAUUCUUACUCGUAUUUACUGCCGAGUGUAUUAUGUUGCAUGACGGUUGCAUAGCAACAAAAUAAAGUUUAUCUGUUUAAGGA